AUGAUGUUCUCACAUCUCCACAACUUCACAUACCCCCAUCACCUUGUCGAUCUCGCCUUCCUCGUUUCCGAUUCGAAAGACAGAACGCUGGACAUGCUGGUAGAGAAGCUCGAGGAGCUGCAGGAUCACGAGGAUCCGAAGCAGCCGUAUGGGGAGAUAUCCAUCAUUGAGAAAGAUUUCGGUCAAAAAGUCAACCAGGACGUUGAGAGUCGUCACGGAUUUGCUGCUCAGGCAAGUCGCAGGAAGCUCAUGGCACAGGCGAGGAAUUGGCUGCUGAGCGCUACACUCCGUCCCUACCAUUCGUGGGUAUAUUGGAGGGAUGUCGACGUAGAGACGGCGCCAUUCACCAUCCUGGAGGACUUGAUGCGCCAUAACAAGGAUGUCAUCGUGCCAAAUGUCUGGCGACCUUUACCUGACUGGCUUGGUGGCGAACAGCCGUACGACUUGAACUCCUGGCAAGAAUCGGAGACGGCGCUAGCACUUGCGGACACUCUGGACGAGGAUGCCGUGAUUGUGGAGGGCUAUGCUGAAUAUGCUACCUGGCGUCCUCACUUGGCCUACCUGCGUGAUCCUUACGGAGACCCAGAUAUGGAGAUGGAGAUCGACGGAGUGGGCGGUGUCAGCAUAUUAGCCAAGGCUCGCGUGUUCCGAUCAGGCGUCCAUUUUCCUGCGUUCAGUUUCGAGAAGCACGCCGAGACAGAGGGCUUUGGGAAGAUGGCAAAGCGGAUGCAAUAUUCGGUUGUUGGUCUUCCUCACUAUACCAUCUGGCAUCUAUAUGAGCCUAGUGUGGACGAUAUCCACCACAUGGAGGAGAUGGAACAAGAGCGCCUUGCUAAAGAGGCGGAAGAGAAGGCCAAGGAAGAACGAGAGAAGAAGGCCAAGGAGCAGUUCAGUGACCCCAACAGCCAAUGGGAGAAGGACCAGUCGGAGAUGCAGGAUAUCGCGAAACAAGCGUCAAAGGAGCAGAAAGAGAAGCCGGACACGAAGGGUUCGAAACUGCUCUCCGAGCAGGAAUCAAAAGCAGACCCCAAAGAGGAUACCAAAUCGCAACCCAAGAAGGAUACGAACGCGCAAUCCAAGGACGCAAAUGCUCAACCCAAGAAGGAUACGGAUGCUCAACCUAAGAAGGACACGAAUGCGCAACCCAAGAAGGGAGCUGACGAAGGAGCUGGCCAAGCUGCAGACAAGCCGCGGAAGGUCAACCAGGCCAAGGCAGAGUCCUAG